UAAAGUCAAUACUUCAAAAAUAAGGAAAAGUCAAACCGGGAGUAUAUUAUUAUGACUAAGCAAUUUAGUUGAGAAUGAACACUACGAAUGAGUACCAUUUUGUUUCAGAACUGAACAAUACCUUAAAAGCACUUAAUUAAUAAUCUCCAUCUCAUGUGAUCUGCAUUUUUGAUUUCCCUUACUUCGAUAGGAUCAUGAAUGAUAAACUUGUUGUGGCUAAAUUCACGAUAAUAUAUAAUUAAUUAAAUUGACGUUUCGAAUUCAAUUGAUGGAUUGGCUUUUGUUAUAAGUUAUAAUAUUAAGCCAAUUGAGCCACCGCGGAACUGGGGAAUUCGUAUGGUGCCUGAGAAGAGGGCGUAUGUGAUUGAGUGAUUCGGGAAGUACGUGAAGACGCUGACUCCUGGACUCCAUCUCUUGAUACCCUUUGUUGACAAAAUCGCAUAUGUCCAUUCUUUGAAAGAAGAUGCCAUUCACAUUCCCGACCAGCCUGCUAUUACCAUGGACAAUGUCAAUGUUCAAAUUGGUGGAGUUCUAUAUGUCAAGAUAGUGGACCCUAAGUUGGCUUCAUAUGGAGUUGAGAACCCUUUGUAUGCUGUGAUUCAGCUCGCUCAGACAACCAUGCGAAGUGAGCUUGGUAAGAUUACUCUCGACAAGACUUUCGUGGAAAGGGAGAGCCUAAACGCGAAAAUAGUGAUUGCUAUCGGCGAAGCUGCAAAACAUUGGGGCUUACAGUGUCUUCGUUAUGAAAUAAGGGAUAUAUCUCCACCGCACGCAGUUAAGGUAGCAAUGGAGUUGCAGGCCGAAGCAGAGCGCAAAAAGCGAGCUCAAAUUUUAGAAUCUGAAGGAGAAAGACAGGCAGAUAUUAAUAUUGCAGAAGGCAAGAAGAAUGCAAUGAUUCUUAUUGCAGAAGGCAACAAGAGUGCAGUGAUUCUUGCAUCGGAAGCGGCCAUGCUCGACCAAACUAACAGAGCCCAAGGAGAAGCAAAUGGUAUCCUUGUAAAAGCAGAGGCAACGGCGAAAGGAAUUGCUGUUGUGUCACAUGAACUAGAAAAAGUUGGGGGUGUGGAGGCAGCUAGUUUAAGAGUAGCAGAGCAAUAUGUCGAUGCCUACCGCGCGAUUGCCAAACUGGGAACAACGACAGUUUUCCUUCCAUCUGGUGCUUCAGAAACUUCCACUGCAAUAGGUCAAGCCUUGACGUUAUACAAGACUAUGCUAGGCAAAGAAAAUGCUGAUUGAACAAAGGAAGGAACCAACCGAAAGUAUCAUCAUUUUAUUUUGGAUAGUAGACAUCCGUUUGUUUAUGUUAGUGAUUUAUACUCUUAUGGU